CGUCAUGUGUUUGUUUUUUUUAAAAAAAGAAGAAGACAAACGCAUCUGUGGUUAAUUAUUCACUUUAAACAUUGACUAUAUAAAUGGAUGUUAAAUAAUCAUGUUUUGAUUCUGACAUAAGUGGUCGAUAGUUAGAGCGCACGUGAUAUUGCCGCUAUAUGGGCCUACCUAUUCUAGCCUAAAAAUUGGUACAUUAAGUCUACAGCACUAUUUCUUCAUAGACCAUAAAGUUCGACAAUUACUUCGCAUACAAUGGAGAAUGUCGAUUUUCAUAAAAAUGGAGACAUUAAACUUUUCCGAAUUUCUGGACUGGAAAGAGAACAUGAAAAAAAGCUCAGAAGCAAUGAGAAUGAGACCCCAAUGUCGUCAGGUAUAUACGUCAUUUCCGGCGAAGCCUCGUUUGAAGCAGAGAAAACAAUCCAAAUUGAAGCUCAGCCCCGUGCUGAUUCGCUGUUAUACAAACUGGACGAGACUCCGCCAGCCCAUUACCUUUUGUUGUUCGCCAUUCAGCAGUGCUGCUUGGCUAUCUCCACUCCUCUGGGGACCGCUGUUAUAGUCGCUGAAGCAGUGUGCGCCCAGGACGAGCAGGACAUCAAGGUUCGAAUUUUGAGCUCGACCAUGCUUAUGAUGGGGCUCUCAACAUUCGCCAUGACAACAUUCGGGGUCCGUCUUCCCAUAUUUCAAGGGCCUUCGGCCACGUAUAUAAUUCCUCUUUUGGCUAUGAUGUCUCUGCCAGAGUUCAGCUGCCCUGCCACGUUCAUACAGGUGGACUCUAGGGAUAACUCUUCAGUUCUCAUGGCCGUGGUGAACAAUGUCAGCGUGAUAAACCAAGAAAUUGUGUUCGCGAGACUUAACGCUUACGGCGGAAGUCUACUUCUGGCUGGCUUCUUGCAUUUCCUCUUUGGGAUGACCGGACUCGUUAGUAUUAUAACUCGAUUCGUUGGGCCAAUCACCAUAGUCCCCGUGGUCACCUUGUUUGGAAUCUACAUUCACACUGUUGUGGUCAGUUUUUCGGAGACAAACUGGUUGGUAGCAGCCAUCACGGCGAGCACGUGCCUCAUUUUCGCUUUAUAUUUGAGCAAUUAUAACACUCCCGUGCCGUUCUGGACACCUGGGCGUGGAUUUCAUAUUAUCUGGCAGCCUUUACACCAGACCUUUGCCUUGCUCAUAAGUAUCAUUAUAGGAUGGCUAAUAAGCUACGCCAUGACCGAGACAGACUUUUUAUCCAGCGAUCCUAAAAGUGUAUCCUUUAACGCUCGAACGGACGCUAGAGCUGGCGUUAUAGAUGAGGUGCCGUGGUUUUUGUUUCCGUAUCCAGGACAAUUUGGGGUUCCAUCUUUUAGCAUUGGGGCGUUCAUUACUUUCCUGAUCAACACGGUCUUGUCUGUACUAGACUCCAUCGCUGACUACAACGCAUGCGCCAAGGUUUCCAAAGCGCCACCACCGCCUGCGUACUCGAUCAACAGAGGCAUCGCCGUGGAAGGGCUCAUGAGUAUGCUGAGUGGAAGCAUGGGUUGUGGUCACGCCACUGUGUCGUACGGAGAAAACAUUGGCAUUAUAGGAAUAAGCAGAGUAGCCAGUCGAAGCGUGUUCCAACUAGUGGGAUUUAUGUAUAUUGUGUUCGCUGUAUUCGGGAAAGUAGGUGCUUUCUUUAUCACAAUGCCAUAUUCCGUUGUCGGAGGUUCUCAAAUUAUUUCCUUCGGUAUUCUAAUCGGGGUUAUUCUGUCUUACUUAAGACUCAUUGAUCUUAACUCUACACGUAACUUGAGCAUCAUAGGAAUCGCCCUUCUUCUUGGGAUGAUGCUACCUUAUUGGGUACAGAAGAAUCCCAACGCCAUUCACACCGGAAUCGGUCAGCUGGACAAUGUUAUACUUCUGUGUUUGUCGAACCCAUCGUUUGUCGGGGGAUUCUUCGCUUGUUUCAUGGAUAACACUGUGCCCGGAACAAAGGAAGAAAGAGGUGUAGCUUUAGAGUUGAUUGCCGCAACAGAACCACACGUCUAUGAGGAGAACAUACUGACUACCGGUGCACCAUCGGCAGACAUAUCUAGACAUUUUGAACAUGACAUGAGCGUGUACCGAUUGCCAUGGAUAGAUGAAACAUUCAGGAAAUGGAAAAUAGCCAAAUUUAUUCCUAUUUUUGAAUCGAAAAAAUCAGACGUGUGAAAAAAAAUUUCGCGUACGAUCGUUUCAGAAAAAGGAAAAAUAACUGUAUCUUAUUUCAUCCAGUCACACCACUCAGACUAUACAAGCCUUCGACUCAGAUUCAUUGAUUGCAAGGCCGACUUUUUUUUUUUUUUACUGCAGGAUAGAAGUUUUAUUUUUGCCAUCAAUAUGGUCUAGAAUAUAGAUCUAAUAAACACUAGUUUAAAAAGGUUUCAGUAUGGAAGGACCAGUAUGGUCAAGCAAAUAUAUUUUGUAAUAAAGCAUAUCUAAUAUAGA